AUAAGAAGGUUGAUAAAUGAAUUCCAUUUCCAUUUCUUCUUGAAUUGUAUCCAAACAGGCUGUUAAAAAACAAAAACUGUGCUCCUCUAAGGUAUAUCAACGGCAACUUCUGGGUUUUCAGUUCGAAGCGGGAGAACGAUGUUUAAGAAAGCAGUGGAGGCGAAAUCGCAUCAGAGGCUAUCCGGAGCUGACCGAAAGAAGCUCAAACGAAACCUCAAGAGACAAAUUCCCGCGUGCUUCUGAUGCCGAUAUGGACGUCUUAUUCCCACCCAAGGUGGAGAUAGCAGUUGCUAAGCUUCGUAAUCGGGUCCUGGUUUAUAGUGUUGAAGGUGACUUCCUCAUGUUGUUCGACAUUGAUGGCAGGGGUACUGAGAUUUAUCCCACAGUUUUUGCUCUUUGGAGAGUACCUGCACUCUUGCCUUCUUUUCUGUUGAAGGGAGGUGAGGUUUCUCUAUUCAUGCUUGGAGGUGCUGAUUUGAUGUUCCCGGGCAUUAGUGUGCCUGCUGAAGGACUACCCUCCUUUAAAGUUGGUGAAGUAUGGUCUGUGAAAGUUCCUAGGAACCCAGCACCUGUUGCUGUUGGGUUAACUACUUUGAGCAGUACUGAAGCAAUGAAAGCUGGUCUGCGUGGCAAGGAUUUAAGAAUAACACACUAUUACAGGGACUCACUUCGAGAGUCAGUGGACGGUCACUUUGUGCCUAAUGCAGGUUUCUUGGAGGAUAUUGUUAUUGAGGAUCUGGCUGCCUCUCUAGUGGCCCAAGAUUCUGAUUCAGCUGAAGGUCUUGAUCGUCAUUCUCCACAUGAUGAACAGGACGGCAAAACAACUGACGAAGUUGAGAAAUUGGCUGUAGCAAAUGACGCAAUGGAUCAUCUUCCUUCGUCAUCAACCGAAGCUUCCAAAAGUCAAGUUGAACAAUUAAAUGUAGAGGUUGGUAACUUGAAGGUUUCAGAUAAUGUUGGUGAUGAAUCAGCUGCUGAGGAAGAACAGCAUACCUUAUCUGCCGAGGAAGUGGAUAGUUUGUUGGACAAUUGUCUUCUGCAAGCCCUUCAUACGACUGUUAAAGACAAGGAUCUAUCGAUGCCUGGAAGCACUUUAUGGUCAAAUCAUAUUUUUCUUUGCAGACCUUCUGGUAUCACGUUGGAUAUUAAGAAAUCAACCUACAAGAAAUUGUCGAAGUGGUUACAAGCCAAGUCUUCUGAAAAUUAAUAACAGUGAAGGAAGAUAAACACAAGAAGGAAACAGUGUUAGUUUCUGUUAACCGAAACCACCCGGACUACACAUCCUUCAGGCCGGAAAAAAGGGAGGAACAGAAAACCGAACAAGCAACCAGUGGAGGAAGCCAAUCACAGCAGACACUUGAAGUGGUGGAGAUAUAUAACCGAGUUCUCACGUGAACCCUAUUUUCCCUCUGUUGGAGCGGAUACAGGGAGGCUCUACAGUGGUUCAGAAGCCUCUGAUGUUGUCUUCCAGUACGUCGAGAAAGAAAAUCUGGUGAAGCCAACAGACAAAUCAACUGUUGUCUUGGAUCCACCACUAUGUGAUGCUCUGUUCAAGGGUGCCAUCAAGAAAGGAUCGACAUAUCACAAUGUGAUUCACAAGAAAGAUCUUGGAUCGACGUUUUGGCAGGAUGCAGCCACACCAUUUGGUGAUUAGAGGGGGCGAGUCAGUGGUUGGCAAAGGCACCCUGUAAGUGUUACAGAUAGUGACAGAGAGGCUGUCGGGUAACAAGAAGGUGGCGAAGCUCUCGGGCGUGGAAUCAUUCUUGAUCGAUGCGGAUAUGCUGGCAUCCGAACUGCAAAAGUUUGCUUGCAGUACAUCAGUUGGAGAGCUCCCAGGUAAGAAAGGGCAUGAAGUUCUGAUCCAAGGAGGUAAAUUGAUGAUGUGGCACGGCUUCUGGUUGAGCACUACGCCAUUCCAAUGAGAUACAUCGAGGUUAUGGAUAAAACCAGGAAAUGAGUCUGUAGGAGGUUGAUGAAUGCAACUUGGUCGUUGGACAGUUUUACAUUCGGCGAAUUCACAAUUUUCGACUGUUUCGCUGUGAGAAAAGUCUUGAGGAUGAAAGACUCUCUCCAUGCCUGCGCAUCUCAUGAAUUCACUCUCUGGGUCAUGGAUAAUGUGAAGUGGGAGUACGAUGUUUUUGUGUGCUUCAGAGGAACCGACACCCGCAACGGUUUUACUAGCCACCUCAUGGAAGCUCUCUCCCGUGAGCAAAUCAAAGUCUUCCUUGAUGACAUGCUCGAAAAAACAGAGUGCAUCGACGUGCUGAUCACUUUGCUCCGAAGAUCAGCACUCUCGAUUGUGAUUUUCUCGGAAAAUUUCGCAGAUUCAAGCUGGUGCCUGGAUGAAGUGGCCACCAUUUCUCAAAGCAUGGAAGAAUUUGGCCACCGGGUACUUCCAGUUUUCUACAAAGUGGACCCCUCCGAAGUUACCGAAGAUUUUGGAAGCUAUGCUAAUGCCAUUGAGCGGAAAUAUGGAGCCAGACCUCCAAAGUUUUGGAAAAGGAAGCAUAGAGCUAGUAAACCUCUGGAGGAUAGGAAGAGAAGGCUGGAUGCUUUGAAAGCUGUGGCUAAUUGUGCUGGACAUACCUCGCAAGCAAUCAAGAUUGACUCUGAGUUAAUUAAGGCAAUAGUGAACGAUGUUCUGAAUAGACUUGUAGACAUGUCACCAAGAGUAAAGUCUAAUAUAUUGAUUGGCAUGGAUGCUCGCGUUUCUGGGGUUGAACGCCUAUUAGCUAUGAACGAAGAUGCAUUUCGAAUCAUUGGACUUUGGGGGAUGGGUGGUGUAGGAAAGACCACUCUAGCUAGGGUUUGCUAUCAAAGGUAUACGUCCUUGACUAAAGAAAUCAAGCAUUACUUUGUUCGAAACAUCAACCAAACUUGUGAAAAGGAAAAUGGAAUGGAAGGAAUCGUAACAAAACUCUAUUCAACCCUAUUGUCCGAAAGUAACAUAAAUUUUGAUGACUUGGAUGUUAGUUAUAGAAGAAGUCGACUUUCCCGUUUGAAGGUGUUCCUUGUUUUUGAUGAUCUGGGAACUUUGUCACAAUUAGAACAAUUGUUGUUGGGAGAUCUCUUGAGUUCCACCCAUCUCUUUGCCGCAGGAAGUAGAAUUAUUUUUACAACUAGAAAUCGAAUGGUGCUUGGAAAUGUAGGGGCUAGGAUUUACCAUGUUGAUUUUUUGGAUCCUGAUGAAUCUCUUCAACUCUUUGGUAUACACGCAUUUGGAAGGUGCCUUCCACCUGAUGAUUGGAUGGAAUUAUCACAUCGGGCUCUAUCUUAUUGCAAAGGAAGCCCUUUGGCCAUAAAAGUUUUUGGAGGUGCAUUAUCAGAUAAGGACAAAAAUUAUUGGCUGAGUUUCUUAGGUGAUAUGCGACAGAUUCCAACCCCAGGAAUCCAUGAUGUACUGAAGAGAAGCUACAACGCACUGGGAGUUGAGGAAAAGAGAUUUUUCUUGGACAUUGCUUGUUUCUUCUACGGGACAGUAAAAUCCAUAUUGAUACAAUAUUACCAUGCCCAUUAUGUACUCGAGAAUCUAAUCGAUAAGUCCUUGUGCAUUUGUGUGAGGGACGAUCUCGGUGAGAGGAUUCAGGUGCAUGACUUGCUAAGAGAAAUGGCUUGGAGCAUUGUCAAUGAGGAAACAAAACUCGAAAACCGCACUAGGUUGAAGAAUAUUGAUGACAUUCACAAACUACUAACAACAAGCUUGUCCACAAAUGGAGGUAGAGCAACUGAGGGCAUAUAUUUGGACCUUUCUCAAGCCAACGAGAUGCGACUGGAAGCCAAUGCCUUUGAAGGGAUGACUUCUCUUAGAUUUCUCCGCUUCUUCUAUCCACGAAAUGAGUAUGGAACUAUCAAAAUUCAUGUAUCGUAUGGUGGCCUUCACAUUCUUCCUAAUAGUCUGAGGUGGUUGAUAUGGCACAAAUUCACUGCAAAAUCUUUGCCAUCAACAUUUUCCCCUGACAACCUUGUCACACUUUCUCUACGAGGUAGUCCAGUAAUGGAAAGAUGCUGGAAAGUUGAGCAGGCAAAGCUUGUGAAUCUAGUGUGGCUUGACCUCUCCAACUGCAUAAAUUUAGUUGCGAUCCCGGACCUAUCGUGGUCGUCGAAUUUAGAGUACCUCUAUCUCCAAGGAUGCAAAAGCCUAACUGAGCUGCCAUGUAAUGUUGGAGAUCUAGACAAGCUGACAAGACUCGACCUAAGUGAUUGUACAAAUCUGCGGAGUCUUCCGGCCAACCUCAACUCGAAGUGCCUCAAGGAUGUUCGAUUGUCUAACUGUCCCAAGAUCACUUCUUGUCCGGAGAUCAGUUCAGGAGAGUUGGAGGUUUUGGAUUUAACGGAGACACCUAUCAUAGCCUUGCCAGCUGCAAUUUACAAUAUAAAGCAGGGUGGCUGGUUACGUCUAUGUGGUAAACACAUCUCCAACUUCCUUCCCAUUUCAGCAAGCUUGAAGGUGUUUCGCUUGUGCCAUACCGCAAUGAGAGAGAUGGAUUAUUAUAAUGAUGAUGAUCGUCAACAAGGUUCUUUGCCAAGAUUUGUUCGCUUGGAGUUGGUUGACAACCCCCAACUUAAGAGCUUGUCAAGGAAUAUCUGGAAAAUGGUCUCUCAAAUACUAAUUCUCCAGGAUUGCCAGGCGAUUGAAACUUUGCCGAGGAUCUCACAGCCUCUGACUGGCUUAACUGAGCUUAGGAUAAGAGGAUGUCGAAACCUGAAGAGCUUUCCAACCGGUAUCAACCAUCUGAAAUCUUUACAGGUCCUCCAUUUCACUGGCACAGAUAUUAAGUCGCUGCCUUUUACUAUUCAUGAACUUGACCAGCUCUCCACUUUAGUUUUGUGUUCCAACAAAAGCCUAGAGUUCAUCCCGAGCAACAUCCAUAAGCUUGUGAAAUUGUCACACUUGAUCUUGAUGGGCUGUUCGAGUAUUAAAUUUUUGCCAGAACUCCCAUCUAAUCUUCUAAAUUUGGAUGUAAGUGGUUGCACAUUGUUACAAGCCUUACCAAGCAACAUAGGCAGGCUGAGAUGGAAGGAGCUGUACUUUGAAGAUUGCCCGCAAGAGGGUACACAUCUGCCUCAAGAAGUAGUGCUUAAUUUCCAUAAUCAUGCAGUGUGCAAUCUACAUCCUCAGGGUGUUGUUCAACAUUCGGGGAGUGAGAUUCCGAAAUGGUUUGCUUACAAAAGUGCGAAUUAUAAGAAUGAUUCAUGUAUGAUGGUGCAAUUGCCUCCAAACUCCACCAUUAAGCGGCUAAUCAAAGGGAUUGCAUUUGGUGUUGUAUGUUCAUCGGACAUUGGGCACGUUGCGAUAUCUAUGACGUGCGAUUGCAACAUCGGCACUGCUACUGCUGUUGCUUCUUGGAGUUCUCCUGGUUUCGGUUUUGGUAUGACCCAAUCAGAUAACGUUUAUAUGUGGUAUGACAAGAACUUGUUAGGUGAGACCAAGCAAGGAAUGCUAGCAGAAGCAGAACCUUGGUAUGUGAGAUAUGCUGGGCGCACUGUUUCCUUCAGGUUUUCCCUUCAACCAGGUGAGGAGGAAGAUCCCGAGAAGCUAAAGAGCAUCAAAGUCAAAAGUAUUGGUAUCUCCCUACUUUACUAACUAAUUGUUUGAUGGUCUUUGAUUGUUGUAAGAAUAUCUGUCCUUUUUAUACUCCUUUUAGACAAUUCGUAAUUUGAGGAUUCAAAUGUGGUGUGCAAAGAGACUAAACAAAUUCAUUCCAGACAAUUAGAGUUCUAGGUUUUCCUUGUGUAGAGAUGUCAGUAGUGAGAUUUGCCAACCAGUGGUGGAAGAAGAUGCCGAGCAAGUAAUAGAGAAAAGGGCAAAAGUUUGUUGUUGUUGUUUCCCUGUAAUGUUGUUCAACUAUUUGUCCCUUUAGCACAUCUUUUGUACAUUUUAUGGUUGCUGCAUAUUUUUUGCUAGUGUUGUAUCUGUAUCUGCAUCUGAAUCGUUCAUUUUCUUCUGGGCCUCCAAGUUUUUCUCAGAGC